CAUGUCCAACCAGUGGUUGCCCCUAGUAAAAAAUGGGCGAAUAAACGGGUGCUUAAGACAAGAACUGAAGAUAACCCCCAAUAUUUAGGGUUUAACUUGGAAGAAUCAGAGUGAAAUGAAGAGAAGAAGAGGUGGUGCAGAAAAAAAUAAAAAUGGGCAGAACGAAACCUAAUAUUUUAGUAACAGGAACACCGGGAACUGGAAAAACAACAACAUCAUCUCUAUUAAGUGAUGCUACUGGAUUUCGUCAUAUUAACAUCGGAGAUCUUGUUAAGGAGAAGAAUUUACAUGAUGGUUGGGAUGAUGAAUUAGAAUGUCACAUCAUCAAUGAAGACUUGGUAUGUGAUGAACUUGAGGAUAUAAUGGAACAAGGUGGAAACAUUGUUGAUUAUCAUGGUUGUGAUUUUUUUCCCGAGCGUUGGUUUGAUAGAGUUGUGGUUCUUCAAACUGAUAACUCUGUCUUGUAUGACCGCUUGAGCAGCAGAGGUUACAUGGGAUCAAAGCUUACAAACAAUAUUGAAUGUGAAAUCUUUCAAGUGUUACUGGAAGAGGCAAGAUCCAGUUACCCAGAGGACAUUGUUGUACCGUUGGUGAGCAAUUGCGUCGAUGACAUAAGUAAGAAUGUCACCACAUUGUCUGACUGGAUUAGGAGUUGGCACCCAACAUCCUAAACUCAUGGCCGGGAUCUUGGUAUCUCUCGUAAUUAGUUAUUAUUAGAGAAAAUCUAAGAACCUUUGCAUUAUGUUUUUAGUUUUCAAAUGCAAUAUAUUGGUUUGGUUUUGUAUGAGCUUACCUAGGAGCAACCAGAGUAAACAGAUUUUCUGACUAUACUACACAUUAAUUGCUUUACUUCAGAUUUUCCGUCUUUAUAUGCUGUUCGAAAUUUGGGUGUUUAUUAUAGCUGUUAUUUCUUUCCUGAAAGCUGGGUGAUGGAAUUGUGAUUCUUCAAA